AGCACACACCGUGAUAAGGGCGGAAGGAUAACACGGCUUGAUUUCCAGCUGCAAUUCUUUCAUUUUCAUUUUCUUUUGCGGUUGAUAAUCAUAUUAUUCGUUCACCAUGUCUGCUGAUGAAGACACAGAACUUAGGGAUCUUAUCGCUCAAACACUUGAGAGUACUGGAGUACUUGGAAAAAUAAGGGCUGAGCUUCGGGCAAGUGUUUUUCUUACACUCGAAGAGCAAGAUGCUGGAAGGAAGAAUUCACCAUUUGUAAAUGAGGAGCUCAAGAAAUAUCUGGCAACAAAAGAAGGAUAUCACACAGCUGCUGUUGUCAAAGAAUUUCUGGAGUACUUUAAUUUGGACUUCAGCUUGGCAGUAUUCAACCCUGAAACAAAUACUAGUGAUACGUAUGACGGGAGGGAGUCCCUCGCCAGUGAGUUGAAUAUUGCUGAUACUGAGAAGACGAGGGAAAAGCCCCUUCUCUAUGAGAUACUGAGGAGAAGUCAAGACACAGGGGACCCAAAGGGUAGACCACGCUCCAGUUCCGCAAUUGAAGAAGAAACUGUUGCUAUCCCGAAGGAUCUGACCGCUUCACAGAUUGCAGAUGCCAAGGCUAAAUUUGAGAAAUAUGACCUGGAUAAGAGUGGAUCCAUUGACAAAAAUGAACUCAGGAAUCUGUUUGUCGACAUGUUUCCAAACUUCCACAGGAACAUGCUAGAAAGAUAUGUUCAAGAUGAAUUUCAAGCAGGAGACAAGGAUUUCAGCAGUGUGAUUGAUUUUGACGAGUUUCUCGCCAUGUAUCGGAGGCUGUUUGUCAAUUGUCGUAGCGUUGUAUCGCAUGAUAUCUCAGACAUGGUUCCAACAUCACCUAAGAAACUCAGACAACAUAAUACAAAUUCACAAGGAGACCAGAAGAAAACAGAAGACAGCUUGAGAAAGCUAGAGGAUGACAUCUUCUCUCCACUAGGCAACAGAGGGCAGCGUUCAACAAAGUCUGGUAGUCACAGUGACGACAGUGAUGCAUUUUUUGAUGAUCCACUACCCGUUGGUGGCAAUGCAUUCGGGAGCAGCAGGAAUCAGAAACAAGCCCCGCCCUCCUCUCCACCCAGGAGCCCUACCAAACCAAGCUCUCUCAGCUCACUCAACAAUGCCCCACCCCUUGGAGGUGGGGGUGGUCUGGGAGCACUCCCUCCCCUCAAUGUAGGAGCUGGAGCAAAAGUUUCCCGCAGCCCAGACUGGGGUGAUCUGGAUGAGAUAGACAGUAAGAUUGCCAAGAUGGGUUUCGACUCGUCGCAGAAGAGUGAGUCUUCUAUCAAAUCUGGUGGCAGGAGUGAAGCCAGUUAUGAAGACGACUUCCAAAGUUCGCAGGACAGUCCUAGCCAGACACCAAGGGGAAGCAACAGCCAGCGUAGCAACACAGCCAGUAUCACAGAGGAGAUCUCUGAAGAAAUAUCUGGUGAUGACAGUUUCCUAGCAAGCAGUCAGGAUAAUCUUGAUGACCAAACGUCAGACCACACCGUGUCGCAGCUGAGCCAGAGUGGUCCCUUUGAUUAUAUGGAGGAAGUACGCUCACCGACCGGCUUAUGACAGUCAAAACCAGGAGACAACGACCAUAAGGACAGCAAAACCAAUGGCAAUGGUGUCUUUGGAUGGCCAGUGUAGAGCUGAUUGUUUUGCAAUUCUUUAUAGUGAACUGUUGAAGUGAAAGCCGCAUAACUUUUUGCCAGAUUUAUUACUCAGAUUUAGUUCAACUACGGUAUGUACUGAGUGGCAAUUGUCAACCUCUUCAUCCUGUACAUGUCUCUCUAAUUCUUCGUUGUAAUUAGAAAAAUGAAAAUUAGUAUGUAUGAAAUUUAUUUUACAUAUUAAUUUCAUGAAAAAAUGUAUAUAUUAUUUAUUUAUUGCGUUAUAUAAUGACACUAACGUAUAAUGAACUUACAGAGUUAACACGUGGCCUUCCAUAAAUCAUUGGUCUACGUUUUAGGCCAGGUUUCACUUAUGCUACUUCCAGGAAUAUUUGUCAGUACAGGCAGCCAAAUAUCUGCAAGUAUAGGAUAGGUUAGUAUAUAGUUUUGUACGUAAAGUAAGGUAAUCUUUGUGUACAGGGGGGUUUCGAGAUAAAGCAGCAAUAUAGGUUUUUUUAAUAUCUACUUUUGAAAAAUAUACAUGACUGUGUGGAUAUCGGCUGUAUAGGAGGGUAUAUUUAAGAUGAACCAUUUUGUAUGACAAACUUUUAGUGUCUUCUCUAUCCUUUCACUGCACUGUCAGCACCUUCUUAUGUACUAGUAACACGGCUGUCGUUGAGACAUAACGUCUUCCCAUCAAAAUAUAGUUUUAUUGACAAGCUUGUCAACAGAAGCCCUGUAUGUACUAGUGCACUACAAGUGUUCAUAUGACUGAUAUGGAUCUGUAAGUACAGUGAAACCCGCAUCAGCAACAGCCUGUCUACAAAGACCACUGUCUAUAAUGACUAUUAUCAACUUUCAGAGAUCUAUUUAUUUUAUAUUGUUUUAAUAAUUUAAGACGAAUAGUCCUUAUUGUUGUUUACAACUUUUGUUUCUAAAUGCCUGUGUAAUGAAACCCCAGACAAGUAGAUGUAGGAAAGCAAAUAAUCAUCAACAUCCAUGUUUCCAAAAGCCUGUUCAAAUUAAUUUUUCCCUUGCCAGAAAAGUGUGCCGUUAAAUAAAGAUCAAAGCCUAUUAACAAAUACAUAUUCAAAAAAAAAUUCAACUUUUACUUGUUCAACUUUUGUUGAAAGUCAUUUGGAAAGAUGAUGUGAUGCAAGAUUUAUAGGUGGCCAAAUUUGAUUAAAUUUCCUUAAAAUUACUCCUCUGCUGUGAAGAUACCACCAUUUUUAUCGCCAAAAAGAAUAGAAUCAUAGAUAACUAUUCUGCUGAAAUACAUUCAUGUUCAUGGCAUAAAUGGAAUUUGGUCCAAGGAUCAAACAAUGAAGUAUGUGUGGUUUCAUAUAAUAAUAUUGUGUCAAAAUAUACGGGGUGUCUAAAAAAAUUCAAACAAGAUUUUGAAUGGCAAUGUACAACACCAUUCUCAAAGAAAUUUCUUAAAUUAUAUUGUAGCAGAAUCCCUUCGUUUUACUGUGGAUUUUAUGACUAUUUAAGCUAAAACAACAAAAUUAUUCUUGUUUUUGUAAGAGUAGCAUUUUUAGCUCAUCCGGGCCCCUAGUUGUAUUAGGGCCCCUUUUAGUUCUUAUAUGUAUCUAUUAUACCGUCCUAUUUGCUGAAUUUGUCACUCUUGGUUGAUGACACUGUUGUUUUACAUUCGCACACAAAUAUUUCUACUCAUUUAUCUACAAUGAAUAAAGAAUUACAAAUGUUAAAUUACUGUCAAAUGUAACAAGCUAUUUUUGAACUUUAAGAGAACAAAGUUUCUACUUUUCCAUUCUAAAAGAAAAAGAGUUUCAUCAAAUAUUGACCUGACAAGAAUUAAAAAUACUAUUAUU